AUGGCAAAUCCAUAUGACCAGCUAGUUGAGGAAGAGUAUAUAGAUAUGGACAUCAGCUCUGCUACCUUCUUGUGCUACAACAAAUCUUCUCCCCCACAUUCAAGAGAAUUUGAGUUCCAAAUGUCUGCCCCACUUGAGAGAGAGACCAUCACCUCCCCUGCUGAUGAGCUCUUCUACAAAGGAAAGCUCCUCCCCCUCCACCCCCCACGGCGCUUACAAAUGGUUCAGAAGCUCCUGCAGAACUCCAACAUUCCUCCUGCCCAUGGAAAAAAUUUGGAAUCCUUCGAAGAGGGUGUCAUCACCACUACCACCAAUACUAACACUUCCACCACCACUCCAUUUGAGUCCUGCAACAUCUCGCCUGCCACUUCUUGCUUUGCAAGUGGAGAGCUCGAUGCAGAGGACUACUACUUUGAAUGCUCUACAGAGCUCGUCCAGUCCCACCCGAAGAAGUCUUGGUCUAAGAAGCUCAAGUUCAUGAGGCAGUCCUCCCUGAGUCUCAAGCUGAAAGCUUCGAAAGCUUUUCUCAAGUCUCUCUUCACGAAAUCCGGAUGUUCAGAUGAGAAACACGCGGUACCUGAAGUUAAAGAAUGCUCAAAUGGCCACCUGAAGUCAGGGAGAAAGAAGCCAUUUGGGCAAAUUCAGUGGGAAAAAGUUGCGCCUACACAUAACGAUGCUACUACAACUGUGAUUAGCAUCGAUGGAGAGAAGAUGAAAGAUGAGGAUUGCAGUCACAGGAGGUCUUUCUCAGGUGCCAUUAAGUGGCAUUCUCCAACCAAAUCCUCCUCUGCUUCUUCAUCAUGCUCUUCUUCCGACUCUUCCUCCUUCUCGAGCGUGAAUUCACAUGGAUUCUGCGGACCGCCAAUGCUGAAGAGGAGCAGCAGUGUAAAUUCAGACAUGGAGAACUCGAUCCAAGGAGCAAUUGCCUAUUGUAAGAAGUCUCAGCAGCUAGUUUCACCAAGAAAGUGUAAGUGA